CCGCCCGUACUCAAGAUGGCGGCCAUGGAGGGCGUGGCCUGUGACUCGGAGGUUCCGAAAAGCUGCCGUAUCAUGGCGGCGACGGAGGAGCGGAGCCGAGAGGAAGAAGAAGAGGAAGAAGAGGAGGCAGAGCAGUUGGUUCUGGUGGAAUUGUCCGGAAUUAUUGACUCAGACUUUCUAUCAAAAUGUGAAAAUAAAUGCAAGAUUUUGGGAAUUGACACUGAGAGGCCCAUUCUGCAAGUGGACAGUUAUGUCUUUGCUGGAGAGUAUGAAGACACUCUUGGGACCUGUGUUAUUUUUGAAGAAAAUGUUGAACAUGGUGAUGCAGAAGGCAGUAAUAGAACGGUGUUAAAAUAUAAGUGCCAUACAAUGAAGAAGCUCAGCAUGACAAGAACUCUUCUGACAGAAAAGAAGGAAGGAGAAGAAAACAUAGGUGGUGUGGAAUGGCUGCAGAUCAAGGACAAUGAUUUCUCCUAUAGACCCAACAUGAUUUGUAGCUUUCUGCAUGAAAGUGAAGAUGACGAUGUGGUAGCUCCAGCCUCAGAGAAACCUUUGGAGCUGGAAGAGCAAGAGAUUCAAAUGAAAGAUAGUUCAAACCUGAGUUAUGAACAGGGGAAACCACUGAACUUGGAGAUAGAGAAUUCUGGUUCUCUUACUGAUAUCCCUUCUGAGUCAGAAGGUUCUGUAUUUAUGGAAACUCAAGAUACUGCUUUAGAAAUCACUCCUAGAUGAAAUGUUUCUUAUAGUAGCUAGUAACAAACUUUUUGGAGCUUUUAUAUAAAAUAAUUGACUGUGUAGCUUUUCAGUUCACUAUUUUACUAGUUUUGUUGACUCUACACACAUUUCCAAUUGUAGUACAGUUUAAUAUACCAGAGUCAUUAAGGACCAGAUAUAAAUUGAAUUUUUAAAAAUAUGAUGUAAAUGACUAUAGGGACCCUUCUCUGGUAAGUCUUUUAAAUUGGAAGUUUUAUUAAGGUAAGUGUAUCAUUUUUUAUUGCAGCUGUCACAAAUGACUCCAAAUGUAGUGGCUUAAAAUGACACAAGUGUAGGUCAGCUAGCUGACAUGGGCUAGGCUAAAAUCAGAGUGUUGGCAGGACCUCAUUCUCUACUGGAGGUUGGGGUUGGGGACUCUUAUUUCCUUGUUCAUUCAGUUAUUGGCAGAUUUCAAUUCUUUACAAUUGAAGGAUCAAUGUCCCAUUUUCUUACUAUCAUCUGAGAGCCAUUUCCACCUUCUAGAGGGUGCAUACAUUGCUUGGCUCUGGUCCUCUUCUCUUUAAAGCCAGUAAUGGUCAAGUCCCUCUCACUCUUUGAGUCUCUCCUGCUUCUUCCAUCAUACUAUUUCUGACUCAUCUUGCUAAUUACCUGACCCAGUAUCUGUUUUUUCUUUUUUCAUUUUGUAACAAUCCCAGAAUUAUUCAGUUAUCAAUUUGCCCAUGUGUAUGCAUAUAUGUGGCCAUAUGACUAAGUUCUGGCCAGUGACAUGGAAUUGUAAGUGUUGAGUGAUAGAUGCUUCUGGAAAGUUUCCUUAAAUUUUAAGACAUAAAGGGAAGUGGGCCAGUUCAUCUUCUCUUUCUUCCUGCUGGAACAUGGAUGUGGUGGCUAGAGCUUCAGCAGGCUUUUGGGACUAGAAAGGAACCUUGGAAAUAGAAGCCACGAGUGGCAAAGCAACAAGAUAGAAGAUUGGAUCUUGAUAUGCUGCCCUGGACUGCCAAGAAUAAAGAAGGUUAAUAAUAGAACCCUUUCUUUUUCUCCAUGGUAGAAUGACUUCAAGUUUAACUUUUGGCACUGUUUUCCCUGGAAAUCUAUAGGAUGAAAUAAUAGAAUGUCAACUGUGAUGUCAGGCAAUAUUGCUUAUGAUUAAAAAUGACCCCUUAUUGGUAAAUGGUAUCUAGACCAGGAAGACUAUAUGACAACUGUAAAUACCCAUCGGAAAAUAUGGACUGGGCCUCCUGAAGCACUGUUUCUUUUUCUUUUUUUUUUCUUCUUUUCUUUUCUUUCUUUCUUUCUUUCUUUUUUUUAAAAAUAGGCUCCAUGCCCAAUGUGGGGCUUGAAUUCACAACCCUGAGAUCAAGAGUCAUGUCCUUUACUGACUGAGCCAGCCAGGUGCUUCAAGCACUGUGGUUCCUAUUACAAAGAUCCCUGGAAGCUACAUUCAUGGCUGUUUCAAGAGAUACUGGUUCUUGGGGAGCCUGAAGUUUCUAAGCCAGCAUGGCUUCUGCACCCACCCAGAUGAUCUUGUUCCCUUACACCUGAUCUGACACUUGGGUGCCAGAGUAAAGCCUCCUGUUGAAACAAACCUCAUGCUGUUGUGCUGUUUCCAAUGAAGUGAAGUGAGCCUGGUGCCGGGUUCAGUCCCAGAAGACCUGUUGCGUCCUGAGUGUGAACGUCAUUCCUAACCUGUGACUGCUGCUGUUCAGGCAGGGAAGGCACUGCAACUACCUACCUCCGGCCUUUUGUGUGAGGGAGAAAUACCUUUCCUCUUGUUUAAGUCAUGCUGUAAUAGCCACAUGUAAUCCUAUUUAAUACAUUAUGCGUUUAGAAAACUGGAGAAAAGGGUAAGGAAGUAGAAUGGAAAAUUCUUGAGACCUGUAAUCUUGGAAAGAAACUCAUCUGAUGUGUGAUGUAGUUCUACCUUAAGUUGAAGAGGAUAAUAAAGUCUUAUAUUCUGAAAAGAA